GGCGACGAACUGGCCAGAGAUAUUUAAUUUUGUAAAUCAGCUGACAGAAAGAUUCGUGAGCCCCAAGAUGAGACUGUCGUUUAUCGUGUUUUCCACCCAGGCACAUGUCAUUAUGCCGCUCACUGGAGACAGAGAGAAAAUCAAGCAAGGUCUAAAGGAUCUGGAGGAGGUGAAACCAGCAGGUGAGACCUACAUACAUGAAGGACUAAAACAGGCCAACGUGCAAAUUGCUAAGCAAGGAGCCUCAAGGUUCUCUAGUAUCAUCAUUGCACUGACUGAUGGCAAGCUGGAUGGGCAGAUUCCCCUGUACGCAGAGAAAGAGGCAAGGAAAUCCAGAGAGCUGGGAGCGAGAGUUUACUGUGUUGGUGUCCAGGAUUUUGAACAAGAACAGCUGGAAAGAAUUGCUGACGUCAAAGAGCAAGUCUUCCCUGUCACUGGAGGAUUCCAAGCACUUAAGGGGAUAAUCAAUUCUGUUUUGAAACAAUCGUGCACUGAGAUUUUAUAUUUGGAGCCAUCCAGUGUCUGUGUAGGAGAGGAGUUUCAGGUUGUUCUCAGAGGAAGUGGCUUGACCCUGGUCGGGAGAAGUGACAGUGUGACCUGUACCUAUCAAGUGAACGACACGACAAUCCGUAAACCUAAAACUGUCCAAUCUGAUUUUUUGCUCUGCCCUGCACCGAUCCUGUACAAAAGUGGCCAAACCCUGGAGGUUUUGGUGAGUUUGAAUGAAGGCCAGUCUUUCAUGUCCAGCUCGUUAACCAUCACUGCUUCGGAGUGUUCCAGUGGCGUGGCCGCGCUCAUUGCUGUCCUCGUGCUCUUGCUGCUGGUGGCACUCGGCCUGCUCUGGUGGUUCUGGCCCCUCUGCUGCAAAGUGGUCAUCAAGGAUCCCCCUCCACCUCCGUCAGCCCCAAAAGAGGAAGAAGAACAGGAGCCCUUGCCUUCCAAGAAGUGGCCCACGGUGGAUGCUUCCUACUAUGGUGGACGAGGAGUUGGGGGAAUUAAGAGGAUGGAGGUGCGCUGGGGCGACAAAGGCUCCACAGAAGAAGGGGCCAGGUUAGAAAAAGCAAAGAAUGCUGUGGUGAAACUCCCAGAAGAACCAGAAGAGCCUUCUCACCCUAAACCACCUAAACGAAAGCCUACCUCACCAGCCGUGCAGCAGAAGUGGUACACACCAAUCAAGGGCCGGCUGGAUGCGCUGUGGGCGCUGCUGCGGCGCCAGUACGACAGAGUCUCGCUGAUGCGGCCGCAGCAAGGAGAUCAGGGCCGCUGUAUCAACUUCACCCGAGUUCCCUCUCAGUAGAGGAGAAGCAGCAGAUACCAGGAGGAGAGACAGCCACACUGCCACUGUCCUACCCAGCUGAGAGAACCGAGCCUUUCCUUGCAUCCCCUGAACCAUCUUCCAGCCUGAGCUCCACAGGCUCCUGCAUCCCUGCUCCGGGAGCCCCCGUUCCAACCAUGCACCGGUGCUCUGCCCGUGCCCCGGAGAGCAGCACUGCCACAUGUGCAUGGCUCUGUGCAACACCGAAGGGACAGCACAGACACCAAAGAUGAGAAUGCUUUUCUGUUUUCAUUGUUUGCUGUAUUUUAAGGACUACAGAUUCUCAGGACGCAAUGUGCUUUUAGUGGCGACGCAGCGUUCCUCAGCUGCGGCGGAGGCACGUGGUAUUUACAUAGGGACUACUCGCCACGGGCACAGGAUAACAAUUCCCACCAGGGUAAGCGGGCGCAGAGCCAAGUGCCU